AUGACGGUGCUCCUGCCUUCUUUUAUCGCUGAUGGCAAUUGGUUCCUGCUGGCUCUACUACUCCCCAUGGCUGCUCUUGUUGUGUUACUGCAUCCUCGUUGGCGUGUGUAUUUCGGAGACAUUUCCAAACGCAGCAGAAAGCGAUGGUACUUGUUAUUGGGACUGCUAAUUUUUAGCUCAAUAUUAGCCGUCCUCGGUGUAUUAUUAGAGAUUUAUCACUCACGGGGGUGUCCUAAUAGCGCGAUAUUUCACUACGAGAUUGAGAAUUUGGCACGUUUUGUGUACGAAUUAUGUGGUCGCCAAAAUGUACCCUAUUGGGUCGCAUUUGGUAAUUUGUUAUUUGUGAUGCGAGGCCAACGUCGUAUUCCUGUAGGGGACACAGAUUCGGAUAUUGGUAUACUCAAGACGGACUUUAUUAGUCAAUUUGGCAGUUUUGCUAAUUUUUCGAAAAUUGUCAAAAAAGAAGCAUAUUUGGAGCUCCAGAGACCGGUAUUUGUGCUCUACCAUAGGGAACGAGAAUUGAUACAAUUGUACUUGGAUAAAGAGACCAAAGGUUCUCAUGCUGAUAUUUGGCUCUAUCGACAAGAAGUGGAUGAAAAAACCGGUAUCAAGUGGCUUGUGAAUGAUGAUCGGACUAUUAGAAGCAAAUGGUUAUUGUACGACCAAAUUUUGCCACUUUAUGAGAAACCAGCAUUUUUUUUGAAUGUGCCUGUGACGAUACCACGUAAUCCUAGUUACUUGGCUAAUGCUGAGUAUGGACGCAAUUACAUGACACCAAUUACAAUGAGGAUGGAAUGCAUUGAAAACAUAGUCAAUGGGUACACUUUUUACAAGACGUCGUUAGUGACGAAACUUCGCUAUGCCACUAUUUUUAUUGCACUUGUUGCAGGUGUGACUGUACUGGCUGCGAAUUGUAUCUCGCCAUUGAAACGAGCAUUGCGAAUGAAAACGGGAGCAAAAGCUGACGCUCUGGAAGCAACAGAGAGAGGAUCGGACAAGUAUUAUGUCUAA